AUGCUCCUUCAGUCUUUUGAUAGCCCGGUAUUUAAAUGCAAAGAAAAGCCAUCCCAGAGUACCGGCCAGGCUGUUCCAAUAACCGCACAACAAAAGUCCCUUGUUGAGGAUUAUGAAAAUUUGUUUGCGAAGAAAAAUUUGUUGGAGAAAGAGCAAGAAGAUCCCGUGAAAAAUUCAAUACAAGCUGAAAUGCGUGAACUUUUUGAGAAGUUGGAUAGCUUGUCGCACCUACAUUUCGUCCCGUACAAGCAUUCCCCUGAAGCUACUGUACUUCAGAGCAAACAAGCUAUGGUCAUGGAAGAAGCAGGACCGGCAGCCACUUCUACAGCUGACCUUCUUGCACCUGAAGAGGUCUUCGCACCUCGCGGUGAAGUACUAAAAGGUGCAACAGAACUGACGUCGACGGAUAGGCGAAGGCACCGCAAAAAGCUUAUGCGAAUACGCUCCACACGUCGAAAACUCAAAACUGCCGAUCCCACGAAAAACAAGGAGGCAGCCCUGCAGAAGAUCAUCCGGCUGGCCCACAAGCCGGGUUCUAACAUCAAGAUUGUAUAGUUUAUCCAUGUUUUCACCUGUAAAUACAAAACCAAU